CGAUUAGUGAAUACCGACAGAGUUCUCGGGUUAAUAAUUAGAAAAAUCGAUCCGCUAGAUACUGCAGUGACUGGAACGUAAUAUGCGUAACAAACAAUUAAUUAUUAUCGUUAUAAGCGAAGAGUCUCUCGUCGAGUUUGCCACGUACUAUCUGUACACGCUUCGUUACAUAUUUAUUUCAUAUGAAUAAAAGCGCGGGAUUCUAAAAUUCAAAUGUAACAUUUCCAGGGAGCAUGCAGUGACGCGCAUGCGCAGACAGCACAUCGUUCAAAUGGCCUUUGCCGCCAACAGGCUGUCGGAGGCAGUCGUCGGAGGAUGCUUGGCUCGUGUUCGGUCUCAUUGCAGUUUGACCAAAGUAAAAAUCGGUGUUUGGAGGUAAUAAACAAAGUUAGCGUCGUUUUUACAAAUGUCUAUGAUGGCGUCGGACGAACGUGACGAUGUCAUUUUUCGCGUACACGACAAUCGGCAUACAACGCGUCGUAUCGACAUUGCGUCUCUUUUUUAGCCGAGUCUAAAGUGUGUGCAUUAAACUGUUGUCGUUUGAUUUUUGGCCGAUCGCUGUCGAUUAUCGUUCAUCGUCUGCACGGCGACUAGGACGGUCGGCGAACGCAAAACGACAGGACCGCAGCAUCACGCCAAAACCAUUAUUCGCCAGUUGCCAUUGUGUGAAACAACGCGGACACACAUGGUAAUCGGCGCGUCAUAAUAGGAUCAGCUGUAAGAUUCGACGACGACAAUCGCCACCGUCGUGCACAUCUUUCCAAUUAUUGAUUUUGACGUACAACCCGAUUUAAAGGAAAAAAAUAUACCGAUUCGGGUUUUUGUCUAUAAUGUCAUAUCCAUUACCUCCAAAUCAAGAAAUGAGUAUUAUAGAACAAGAUGCAUUAAGAUUAGGAACAAUGGCUAGCGGAAAUAAUUCUAACACGCCAUCUAUUGAAACUGUAUCCCGAAUCAAAUACAAAAAUUUGCCGUUUUAUGAAGUUAUUGAUGAAGUCAUUAAGCCAACUCUUCUAACUGGCACGAACAUUUGUACAUUAGCACAAUUCCCUGAAGGUAUGAAAGAAGCUAUAUUCAAAUUUGUUCUGUCAUCCAAACAAGUCAAUUUCGUAGCCGGGAAUCGAAAAAUUUCUCAUGAAAAAUUUGAAUAUCCUUAUCAGUAUCAAAUUCGAAUCUGUCAGUUUGUAGAGCCUGUACCUAAUGAGUCACCAGAUUAUAUGCCUCUUGGACUACGCAUACGAGUUAAUAUGAUAGAAUGUCAAUUACCACUAAUUCCUCUUAAUACUCGACCAGAAUUGACCCUGACACGCAGACUUGAAUGUAGACGAUCUGCAGGCCCUAUCGAUUGCACUGAAUAUGUCAAACUUUCUCCAAUCAAUUGCAACGACAUCACUAUUAAUUGGACACCAGAUGAUAAAAAAUACGUUUUUUCGAUGUUUCUUGUAAAGAAAUUAACGACAGAGACUUUAGUAAAAAAACUUCAAGACAAAGGCGGGAGAACUAUAGAAGAAACAAAAAACAUUAUAAUUAAAAAAUUAAUAAAUGAUGAUCCAGAAUUAGCUACUACGUCUACAUAUCGUUUUUCUUUGGUGUGUCCAUUAAGUAUGAUGAGGAUGAAAAUUCCUGCUAAAUCCAUUCAUUGUGAUCACUUACAAUGUUUCGAUGCAAGUAUAUUCAUUUUAAUGAAUGAAAAGAGGCAAACUUGGAGGUGCCCAACAUGCAACAAGCCUUGUUUAUAUAAUGAUUUACUAGUAGAAAAUUACUUUUUAGACAUCGUUUCAAGUCCAACCCUUAAAGACUGUACUAAUGAAGUUGAGAUUUUACCUGAUGGAACGUGGAAGAUGUAUGAAGAAAUUAAAAAAAGAAAAAUCACCGAUAUAAGUAACAGUUAAGUUAACAGGAAAAAAAAUCCAACAGAAUUUUUUAUUUGAUACGCUGGUAAAAAAAGUUCGUCAUCUCUGGAUUAAUAAUAAUAAUUAUUAAUUAUGUAACAAAAUAAUAUAAUAUUAUAGUUUUAGUUUGUCAAAA